AAAAAAACGGUGACAGGCUCCGGGAGGGAGGCGUCACACAGACCGCUCCGACACCCGGAUCAGUCCCGACCUGCUGCCCGGACCGACGCUCCCCUCCCGGCCACCGCUCUGCUGCAGCACCGGGACUCACCGGGACUCACCGGGACCAUCCAGAUCUGUGUUCAUAUUUUAGGGAGGGGGUGCACGCGCUGCAGCACCACUUUUUUUUUUCAUUCCACGCCGCUUCUCUUCUUCAGCGGGAGGAAACACGGAGACUCUCCGGGCGCGGGGCGCGGGGAGGAGCAGCGCGCGGAGCCAGAUCGAGGAGCCCAUGCGGACUGGACUGACUCCUCAAUGAAGCAGGAGAUCAUGGCGGAGGGUCCCCGCUGCAAGAGGCGAAAACAGGCCAACCCCCGCAGGAAGAACGUGUUGAACUAUGAGAAUGUGGUGGAGACGGGGUCAGAGACAGACGAGGACGACAGGACUCUGGUCUCUGAGGAGAACGGCCUCACAAACGGAGGAGGAGGAGGUGCAGGAGGGGAGGAUGAAGAGCCAGGCAGCCCGGCCGGCGUGCCUUCUCUGGAGGCGUCGCCCCGGGUCGCCCACGCUCUGCUGUCCUACAGGGACCAGGAGGCCUCAGAGGGACAACAGAACCACCAUCACCGCUGGAGACUCGGGGACGACACCAACGGACACCUGAACGGCACCGACGACAGGAAGGACGAGUAUGAAGCUGUCGGUCCAGAAGGGUCUUUGCAUGCUGUGGGAAACGCAACAGUGAAGCGACUGGAAGGUGUCUACGAGCUGGACGAGUACUUAAAAAGUAAACUAGAGGAGGGCGAUGGUCACCCAGCAACCAUUGCCGAGUACCUGCAGCGUAGCGACACCGCCAUAAUAUACCCAGAAGCCCCGGAGGAGGUGACGCGACUGGGCACGCCUGAGGCCAUCGGUCAGGACGAGAGCGAGCAUGACCUGCUUUCCGGCACACCUGAUGACUUCGCCCAGCUGCUCACCUGUCCUUACUGCGACCGCGGCUACAAGCGUCUGACGUCUCUGAAGGAACACAUCAAAUACCGCCACGAGAAGAACGAGGAGAGCUUCACCUGUCCGCUGUGCGCCGACACCUUCGGCCACCGCACGCAGCUGGAGCGUCACAUGACCACGCACAAACCCGCUAGAGACCAGCCGCCGCCACUGCUCAACGAAGGAGCUGGAAACCGCAAGUUCAAAUGCAGCGAGUGUGGAAAAGCCUUCAAAUACAAACAUCACCUGAAGGAGCAUCUUCGUAUUCACAGCGGCGAGAAGCCGUACGAGUGCUCCAACUGCAAGAAGCGGUUCUCUCACUCCGGCUCCUACAGCUCCCACAUCAGCAGCAAGAAAUGCAUCGGUCUGAUCGCCGUCAACGGGCGAGUACGCAACGGAAACACCGGCAAGCCCGGCUCCUCCCCCAACUCCACGACCUCAUCGCCUGGAAGCCCCGCCCUUGCACAGCUCCGCCACAAACUGGAAAACGGGCGCCCACUCGGCCCUCCAGACCAGCAGGGUCAGCUGGACAUCAAAGCUGAGCCCAUGGACUUCAACGAGUACCGGCUGCUGAUGGCCUCUCAGCAUGGGUUUGGGGGACCGGUCUACCUUAACGGCCGAGGGGGAAGCCCCCUGGGCAUCCACAGCUCCUCUCAGAGCCCCCUCCAACAUCUUGGAGGCUUGGGGCUGGACCUCCCCCUGCUAGGCUAUUCAGGUUCUCUCGGGAACAACCUGAGCGAGGUGCAGAAGGUGCUUCAGAUCGUGGACAAUACGGUGUGCAGGCAGAAGAUGGACGGGAACCCAGAGGAGAUCUCAAAGCUCAGGGCUUACAUGAAGGAAUUGGGGGCCCAGAUGGAGGAGCAGAGGCUGGCCCAGACUGGCUUCCAGGUGGUGGGCCACGGCAGCCCCACAAAGAGCAUCAUCGACUACACGCUGGAGAAGGUCAACGAGGCCAAGAGUCUGAUCGACGACUCCAAGAGGCAAGUGGAUGUCAAGAAGGAGAAGCCAAACCACUCCAUUGAUCUCAGCAGUGAGGAGAAAUGCCACGAUGGUCAGAACCAGUUCCUGCCGUUCUCCUGCCAGUACUGCAAGGAGACCUUCCCCGGGCCCAUCCCACUGCACCAACACGAACGCUACCUGUGCAAAAUGAACGAGGAGAUCAAAGCAGUCCUGCAGCCGGCCGAGUGCAGUCCUGCCGGACGCAGGGGGGCUGUACCCUCUGAGCUGUCCAGCACCGAGCGGGCCACCAGCCCCAUCAACCCAUUCAAGGACCACGUGUCAGUGCUCAAGGCCUACUUUGCCAUGAACACUGAGCCCAACUCAGAGGAACUGCUCAAGAUCUCAAUCGCUGUAGGCCUUCCUCAAGAGUUCGUCAAGGAGUGGUUUGCCCAGUGGAAGAGCCAAAACCACCACGGAGGCAGUCUGAGCAAAAAAUCGCCCCCUCCUGACCGCGGUGCACCGGAUGUUAACCACAGCUUUAGCCGGUCACCGAUGUCACUUCCUCCCUCAGAUUUACACGGAGGCUUCACUAACGGUGAUGCCGCCCACAGACUCACAAAGGCCAACAAGUUUACAGCCAACAGGCAGACAACAGGGGACAAACCACUAGACCCCUUGGACCACUUGAGGAGUGACACGCCAUCACCCCUCAACCUUUCCUCUACUUCCUCCAAAAACUCUCAGAGUAGCUCUUACACUCCAAACAGCCUAGCUUCUGAGGACACCCACGGGGAUAUACCACUGGAUCUGUCGCUGCCCAAACACAUGGCGCAGAGGCUCCUGUCUGUGGGGGAGAAGCGACCCAGACCCAACGGUUUCAUCAUUGAGCGCAAUGGCGAGGCGGUAGGACGAGACCAGGUGUCUGGGCCCCUAGACCUGGUCAACAUCAAGAAGGAGGUCCUGGGCUCUGAUGGUGGAGGGAACUCCGUCCACCAGCUGGAGAAAAGCACCAGUCCCAUUUUUGGGAUUAACCCCUUUGCUGGCAGCCCCGUCUACACCUCUCUGCCGCCUCACGGAGCGUUUCCUCCACCCACCUUCAUGUCUCCUGCCCAGGCUACCAUCCCAGGCCUCAGGCCCUACCCAGGCCUCGACCCCAUGAGCUUCCUGCCCCACAUGGCCUACACCUACGCCACCGGGGCGGCCACGUUUGCUGAAAUGCAGCAGAGGAGGAAGUACCAACGGAAACCAGGUUUCCAGGGGGAGCUGCUGGAUGGGACGGCGGACUAUCUGUCAGGCCUGGACGACCUGACAGACAGCGAUUCGCUGCUGUCCAGGAAGAAGAUUAAGAAGACUGAAAGUGGUAUGUACGCGUGUGACUUGUGCGACAAAACAUUCCAGAAGACCAGUUCCCUCCUAAGACACAAAUAUGAGCACACAGGGAAGCGUCCUCACCAGUGUCAGAUCUGUAAGAAGGCCUUCAAACACAAACACCAUCUCAUCGAGCACUCGCGCCUGCACUCCGGAGAGAAACCAUACCAGUGCGACAAGUGCGGCAAACGCUUCUCUCACUCGGGCUCGUACUCGCAGCACAUGAACCACCGCUACUCCUACUGCAAGCGGGAGGCCGAGGAGCGCGAGGCGGCCGAGAGGGAGGCCAGGGACAAGGGUGGAGGAGGAGGGGGAGGAGGGGGAGGAGGCCUGGAGCCCACCGAGCUGCUGAUGAGGAGGGCCUACCUGCAGGGGCUGGGGCCGCUCGGGUACUCGGACCCCGAAGACCAGCAGGACGAUGGUGGCGGCAGCGGCACAAUCCUGAGGGACGGCAGCGAGGGAGGACGAGAGGAGAGGGAAGUGGACAACAAGACGUACGAGGAGGUGACAGACAGACAGGACGCAAGUUUCAGGGAAGGAGAGGAGGAAGAGGAGGAGGAAGAGGAGGAGGAAGGCGACAGCAGGAGCCAGAUGGACUCGACGAGGGAUGACGAGGGCAAAGACACAACGCAGCUGAUGGACGAGAGUUCACGAGAAGGGAAGACAGACGGCAAGUCGGACCAGGAGGACUGAUCCAGAAAAAAAAAAAAAAAAAAAAAGCUUUGGAACAUUUGUCACGUUGGCUUCGAUUCCUCCUGUUUCACAAACUACAUGCUUUUAUUUUGAAGGGACUGUACACAGACGAUUCAGGGCGCUCCAGAGGAAGUUUUAUUUUGUUGAGCCCAGAUUAAUAUUUGAUUUUAACUCUGUGAGAUUUAUUAUAACAAAUCAAUAGUGACAUAAAUAAAUCAAGAGUUUAACAGUCCUGUUGUUCAGGACGGACGUCAACUGGGACCGAACGUCUCAGAGACAACUUUGACUUCAUUUUAACAGGAAACAGAAACACAGUGAGAUUUUAGAUCAUCAGGUUCUAUCUGUUCUGUCCAAGUAUGUUCUUUAAUAAGUGAUCAGAUCUUAGUGCAGGUUCAUUUUAACUGUUAGGGUCUUAAAAUUAAACAGGUCAGUUCUUUGUGUUGUGUUCACACCGAGUGUAAAAAUAAAACAGUUCGCACGAGUGAAUUACCUGUAAAGUCAAUGUGAAGACGAUUAGAAGCAGCAUGAUUGAUGCAAUGGAAGCAACACAGUUAACGUGAAGUACGCGAAUUAAGCAGUAUGAAUGAUGUGAGUAGCGCAAUUUUGCAUCAUAUGCUUAUUUGCAGGAGUUGAAAAAACUGCACUUAAGCGACCAAUUUGCACCACGGUAGCCAAUAAGCAUUAAGAUCCUCCAAGGACGUACGAAGUUCAGGACGUACCGGCGGAAGUUCAUUUAUCGAUUCAGCGGUUCCACAUGCAUUUGAUGCAAGUUAUUCACACAUAUGAAGCCGAUUAACACAAAGUAUUCUAGCAAAUAGCUAGCAAAGUCACAAAAAAAUCGCACUGCAUUUGGUGUGAACACAUUAGUCACUCUGCUGCUCUGCGAAGUCAAAACAUUAUGAAAUGUUAAAUGUUAAAAUCCGAUUUAAAACGUUAGCUACCAGGCUACACACCCUGCCUGCUAAUAUUAAUGUUGUUAUAAGUAACUGAAGUCACUGUGAAGACUAUAGAGAUAAUAAAUCAUGUCCACUUAUUGAAUCUGUAAGAAUUUAGCAUAUAUUUAGAUAUAUUCAGGUUGCUAGCUGUUAGCCUUUAAACAGUUCUGAUGCUAACACAAUGCUAACUGGGUCUGUUUACACAGUGAUGAAGACAUUCAGAGCUCAGGCGGCUACUUGUUCAUCGUUCUCCCUCCUCACUCACUUAUUAUCUUAUAAUGAUAUGAAACUAAAUGUCAGGGGAGUGAACAGAGCAGAGAUUAGCUGCUGUGACUGAUUAGCACUAGGAUGUUCCCAGCUGGCUGAUGAGUUAGCGAUUAGCUCUGCAGCUACAGUAGCUCACAAACCAGCCCUGUGAGUCAUCACUACAUCUGUUCAUCUAGCUAUAUAUAUUACUGAUAGCUGUUCAGAUAGAACCUGAUAAUUUAAGUGUUAGGAAAUGUUUCAUAUUAAGUUCAGCUCCAGUUUAGGCUUUAGUCACAUUAUAAAUCGGCUCAAAACAUUAAUAACAUUAAUAAUUAAAAAGUGAAACAUGUGCUGCAGCUCCUCUCUGCACCCAGAAUAAUUUGCGUACAGUCCCUGACACGAUGACCGCCAACAUCUCCGUCAUGAAGCUGGGUGGGAUUGUUUAAAAAUCCACAUUAUGCAAAAAAUAAAAGAUAAAAUAAAAGAAGUAAUAAUGAUUAUCAUUAUAACGAAGUGAAGCUGUGUUUAAUGUACAGUAUUAUAAAGGCCUAAAAGCUGUGUGGUGCUACAAUGUUCUUAACUUCCUGUGUCUCGUUGUGUUCGAAACCCCACAUCAGGAAAUUGCACUCGACUCCCCGAAUCACUACAAAAUAAAAUUUUAAAAAAGUGAAUAUUAAAAAAAAAAAAGAGGGAAAAAAGUCUCGAACACGCGGUCACUUCCUGUCAGUGUUAUUGUUGUAUUUUUUGUCUCCUUUUACUGUGACGUUUUUUUUUUUAUUAUUUUUAUCCUGUUUUAUUAUUUUUGCCAACUAACCACACGAUUUUGGGCCUCCUGAUUUUUUUUUUUCUUUAAGUGAAGGAACAUUUAAACCUGUGUGAUUUUCAAAAUAAAAUGUGGACGUGAGUCUUAAAGAGGAAGAGGAAGGAGCGUCAUAUGAAAGGGCUCCGUGUUAAAAAGAUAAAAAAGGACAGAGCCUUUUUUUGUGUGUUGAAUUUUUUCUCCAGAGAAAGCCUUAUUAUGCAAACCUGUUCACCUGUGCGUUUCUGCAAAGUGCCAUCCCUGUACAGUGUUCUUCAUCAUCACCUCUGUCCUCUCUGCUUCACUGUUCGUUACAUCCUGCUUUGACUCGUCAGUAUUAGCGUAGAUAGAUGGCAGUUUGUUAGUUUACAUAUGUUUGUGCAAUUCCCUGUAUUUUUUUGUUCCAUGACAGUAUUUCUUGUCAGUAUUACUUUUUGUUUUUGUUGAAUUUUCCAACAUAAAUUUCUUUUUUUUCUUUUUGUUUUUAUUUGAGAAUUUACCAUUUUAUUUAUGUGACUCAUUUUAUAUUUCCUAAUUUUAUUUAUUUCAUACUGUAGUGUACAGUAUUAGAGUUCCUCACAUUAAAUAGAUAUAUUUUAGUAAAAAUGAUUCUGUCAUUGAUUAUUGGAGCAAAAAUGAUGAACAGAGAGCGUCUGUUGUAUUUGGAACAUUUCAAUUUAUUUGUUUCAUGUUUUUUCUUUGAUUUCCUUUGAAACUACUGGAAAUUCUAAAUUUGGGGAACUUUUGAUACGAUGAUUAUUGUGAAAACACUGUAUUUUUGAGAGUUAAAAAAAAUCCACUUUAUUCAUCCCACUGAAGAGGUGACGAAGGACUGAUGAUGAUGAUGAUCGUGGUGUCGAUGAAGGAAUUCCUGAAAUGUCUGAAGUAUUAUUACUGAAUUUUGAGUUUCUCUUGGAAAUGACCAUGCUCGAAUAAAUGUAGCCAAAUUAAAUUUUAAUAAAACUGUGUUAUUCUUCUUGUA